CGUCUAUCUCUCUCUCUCUCUCUCUCUCUCUCUCUCUCUCUCUCUCUCGUUUCUCGUUCCCAGUUUGGGGGGGGUUGCUCCAGAGCUGCCCCAGUGAACCCCCCAGUGGAGGCCCCUCUCACCUCCCCUCCCGCCAGCCAGGGACCUCCCCCUGCCAAGAGGGAAUACGAUGAGUGCAGGAUACAGGUGCGUUUGCUGGACGGGUCGGCGCUGACCAGUGCGUUCAAGGCCCGGGAGCCGCUGGCCGCAGUGCGGCUCUACGUGGAGCUGAACCGGACAGACGGCGGGGAGGACUUCACCCUCCUCACCCCCUUCCCCAGGAGAGAGUUCACUGAGGAGGACAUGGAGACACCACUGCAGGAGCUGGGCCUGGUUCCUUCAGCAGUCUUAAUUGUUGCCAAGAAGUAAA